AUGUCUCUGGCUUGUGAGAAAGAUCAGCCUCUAAGGUUUCCUAUGUCUGAAUAUCCAAAAACAAUGAGCAAAAGGAACAGACCAGGGAAGCUGGUGUCCAAAUGCAGCAUCGAUAUUGGUGGUGCUGACAAGCGUUCAUGUAACUCAGUUUCAUCGUUCUAUGGUUCUGGCAUCCAAAUAUCAAUGAGUUCUUUCCAAUCUUUUGAGCCCUCUGAGGAGUUCCACAGUGUAAAGAGGUUGUCUUUGUCUCCAGCCAUCUUGGGAUUCAUUAUUGCUAUGGCUGUUCACACUGAAAGCGAUCUGAUCAUGAAGAGAAGAAGGCCUACUAAAGAGCAACGGCGUGUUGUUGUUACUGGAAUGGGUGCUGUAACCUCAAUUGGUCAUGAUUUAGAUGUAUUCUACACCAAUCUUCCCGACGGUGUUAGCGGGAUAAGUAGAAUUGAGUGCUUUGACUGUGCAGAAUUUCUAACUAAAAUUGCUGGAAAAAUCAAGUCUUUCUCACCAUAUGGAUGGGUCUCGCCGAAGCUUUCGAAGAGGGCAGAUAAGUUUAUGCUUUAUAUGCUUCAUUUGGAGAAAUUUACCUUUGGCCAGUUUCAGGGAUGGAUGGGCCCUAACUACUCGGCAUCCUCCUCUUGUUCAUUUAGCAACGACUUGAAGCUUUGUGGCGGCUCCGAAGCACCCAUUAUUCCAAAUUUGGUAAACAUAAAAGAGGAGCAAAAUAUCUAUGCGGAGUUCCUUGGUGGAAGCUGCACUUGUGAUGCUUAUCGCAUAACCGAACCUCAUCCUGAUGGAAAGGGUAUUUCUCUCUGCAUAGAACAGGCCUUAGAUCGAUCUGGUGUAGAUAGAGAAGAUGUAAAUUACAUAAGCGCUCAUGCAACAUCUACGCCAACUGGCGAUCUAGCUGAAUAUCAAGCUCUAGUUCGUUGUUUCGGCAAAAAUCCUGAGUUAAGAGUGAACUCUACCAAAUCCAUGAUUGGUAACCUGCAAGGAGCUGCAGGUGCUGUAGAAGCUCCGGCAACAAUUAAGGUAAGCAGCUCUACUUCUUCCACGCAUAUAGGUGAUGUCAGUCACGAAUAA